GCGCCAAAGUUAGCGACGAGUCAGAAGCGUCAACUUGACAAGGCGUGAAAAAGCGUUGACAGUCAGCGAUCAAGGAUCAGGAAGUGAACUCGGACCAGCAACACACUCAACCGCCCCGCGUGGACAAGCCAGCAGAGUUCAUGUGUGACAUAUACAGCUUUGACCCUCACGGCGUGUCUCCACCAUGCAACAUGAGUUGGGCGAUGGAGCCCGCUAACUUCUACGAGAGCGCCAAGCUGGGGGGUCCGCCGAUAGGCCCGUGCAAGCCGGCCAUCCGGGCGGAGGAGGGGGCCACCAUGGCGGAGCUCACCGCCCCGGCCAUGUACGACGACGAGAGCGCCAUCGACUUCAGCCAGUACAUCGAGUCCAUGACGUCCGUGCCCAACCUGGAGCUGUGCAACGACGAGCUCUUUCUCGACCUCUUCAACACGGUCAAGCAGGAGAAGGCGGAGCUGUACGCCGCACAGGGCGCAGUGCUGCCCGGCUGCGCGGUCCCAUACGGCUUCGAGCGGAGAUCGGACUCGGUUCAGCUCGACAAGGGUCCUUUCGGGGCGCCCAUCAAGCAAGAGUCUGACUGGAGCGACAGCGAUAUGUCGUCUUCGCUGCCGUGUCAGAUCGAAACCUGCGCGCAGACUUCGGUCAGCCUCCCCACAGGGCAGCCGACGCCGCCCACCACGCCGGAGCCCGUCUCGGCCAAGGGCUCGCCGCGCAAGUCCGUCCGGGAGAAGACGAAGAAGGCGGUGGACAGGUUCAGCAUGGAGUACCGACAACGGCGCGAGAGGAAUAACAUCGCCGUGCGGAAGAGCAGGGACAAGGCCAAGAUGCGCAAUUUAGAGAUGCAGCAGAAGCUGAUCGAGUUGAGCUCCGAGAACGACAGACUGCACAAAACCAUCGAGCAACUCACCAGGGAGCUUGGGGGCCUUCGAGAGUUCUUCAAGCAGAUGCCCGGCGCCUCUUUUGCGGGGAGCGUCAGCACGGAGGCUCGGUGACCGGGUGACGCCUCCACGUGUCUCCUUGAGCCCUCUUUUUACGAAUGAACUUUUUUUUUUUUUUUUGAAGACAUACCUCAGAGACAACUUGUUUACCAUCUGUACCAGAUGUAUUUUAAGCUUACCAUAAUGGCACUGGAAAACAUAUGAUGUUGCUGCCAUAUUUUUGUGGGAUUCAUUUUUUUCUCCCUUUGUAUUAUUAAAUUAUUUUACCACUGCA